CGGCUACUCACAGACUGCCCUUGGUGCUCUUAUUCGUCCCCAGGUUCACGGCUGCAUUCGUGUGAGGAUGCAUUCUUCUAAAACCUACGAGUUUUGGACUUGAAACACACACAGUUUCAAUCAUCGAUAUGGUCUCGAAAAUUUAAACGUUCAACUCGCAAAGAUUGAUCCUCUUCGGUAUAGCCUCAAGAUUUUAAACAUUCAACUCGCAAAAGCUCAUCAUCCGUUUCCCACCCCAGUACUCGUUCAUCAUGAAGCGCAUACCUUGGGGCACAAUAUAUAUCAGCAUUGCUGCAUAUUCAUUCUUCAAAUCCAGCUUCUCAACUUUGCUUGCUCUUCUUGCCAUCACGAACCUUCUGAGAUUUCUCUACGGUGCUAUUUUGUACCCCGAUUAUUUGAGCCCGAUCAAGCACAUUCCCUCCCCUCCCAUUCGAUCGUGGAUUACAGGUAAUACGGGUACAUUCUUCCUGCAAACGCCCUUUGAGCAACUAGGUGAGUGGGCCACGUCGGUCCCCAAUAAUGGCUUCCUCCGAUACUAUCUACUCGGGAAUAUGGAACGACUGUUAGUCACGACGCCCAAAGCGUUGAGCGAACUCCUCGUCCAGAAUGCGUACGAGUUUCCAAAGACAGAAUUAAUGCGAUUGGAGCUGGAGCGUGUGACAGGCAAGCAUGGCGUGCUGCUGGUAGAAGGUCUCGAGCACAAGAAACAACGAAAAAACCUUCUGCCCGCGUUUUCUUACCGUCAUAUUAAGAACCUGUAUCCGGUUUUCUGGUCCAAAAGCAUCGAGAUGGUGAAGGGCAUGGAGAAAGAUCUACGCGACCGUGGCAGUAGCGAGGAUAAUGUGAUUGAAAUUAGGCCCUGGGCAAGUCGGGCUACUUUGGAUAUCAUCGGAAUUGCCGGCAUGGAUCAAGACUUUGGGUCCUUGGCCGAUCCCAAGAAUGAGCUUGCCCGGCAGUACCAUCGAGUGUUCCAGGAGCCACCGCUUUUUACUAAGAUUCUUUUCGUGAUUGGGUUUAUCCUUGGAAAUGUGAAGAUUAUCCAGCAACUGCCGCUGCAACGCAACCGAGAUAUCGAGGAAGGCUGCAACUAUGUGAGGCGCGUGGCCGAGCGAAUCAUCAUCGAAAAGAAGGAGAAGAUGAAAACCAACAGGUCGUCGUUAAGUAAUGAAACCGACAUCGUCUCUGUAGCACUCAGCAGUGGCACCUUCACUGAUGAAGAACUCGUCGACCAAAUGAUGACAUUCCUCGCCGCAGGCCAUGAAACUACCGCCGCUGCUUUACAGUGGGCAGUCUAUGCGCUUUGCAAGCACCCAGACGUACAGACCCGUCUACGCGAAGAAGUCCGCGCCAAUCUACCUUCCAUCUCAGUGGAGAACCCAGAGUCUAUCUCGGCCACCACACUAGACUCACUCCCAUAUCUCCACGCGGUUUGCAACGAAGUGCUUCGCUUCCAUCCCUCUGUGCCUCUCACGUUCCGCAUUUCCACGCACGACACCAUCCUGGACGGCACACUAAUUCCCAAGGGCACACAGCUGGUCAUUUCCCCCGAGGUCAUCAACCACCACAAAGAUCUGUGGGGCGAUGACGCAGACAAGUUCAACCCAGAGCGGUGGCUAGGUCCUGGUCGGGCUAACACCGGUGGCACAAGCAGCAACUAUGCCUUCUUGACCUUCCUCCACGGGCCCCGAAGCUGUAUCGGGCAGGGGUUCGCAAAGGCGGAAUUGGCUAGUCUGCUUGCUACUACGGUUGGCCGAUUCCAUAUGGAACUGAAAGACCCAGAUGCUAAGCUAGAAGUCAAGCGGACCGCAACCAUGUCUCCUCUUGAUGGGGUACUUGCAAAACUAACCCCUUUGGAAGGGUGGUAAUUAUAUAUAUUUCUAUAUAUAUGUAAAUAUCACCAUUGGAG